AUGGGCUUCCUCCAUCUCCUCGUACUGGAGGACUUUAAGUCAUGGCGGGGGCGGCAAGUCAUAGGGCCCUUGAAACAGUUCAAUUGUGUAAUCGGCCCUAAUGGUUCAGGAAAAUCAAAUCUGAUGGAUGCGGUUAGUUUUGUAAUUGGAGAACGAACGGCAAACUUGAGAGUGAAGAGCAUCCGAGAGCUCAUCCAUGGAGCAAACAUGGGGAGACCGGUGUCCCCCACUGCCAGCGUGCACCUGGUGUAUUGUGAGGAGAAUGGCGAGGAGAAGACAUUCUCUAGGAUUAUUGUAGGGAACUCUUCAGACUAUCGACUGAAUAAUAAGCAAGUUGGACGUGCACUGUAUAUUUCGGAGCUAGAAAAAAUUGGGAUAAUUGUAAAGGCCAGAAACUGUCUAGUCUUUCAGGGAGAGGUAGAGUCUAUUGCAAUGAAGAAGCCUAAAGAAAGAACUCAUCUUUUUGAACAAAUAAGCAACUCCUUAGAAUUUGCUGAACUGUAUGAGCAAAAGAAAAAACGGAUGUUACAGGCUGAAGAAGACGCGCAGUUCAUUUACAACAAGAAGAAAAACGCAGCGGUGGAGCGAAAGCAGGCCAAGCUAGAAAAGGAAGAGGCAGAUACCUACAAGAGACUACAGCAGCAAGUACGUGACAGUAAAAAAAAGCUCCAGCUUUUUCAGCUUUUCUACAAUGAGAAUAAACUGGAAUCUUUAUUGAGGAGCUUGGAAGAAAAGCAGCUCGAUACAAACAGCCAGAAAGAGCAGCUCACACAAUGUGAGUCCGAACUGAAAGCUGCAAAGAAGGAUCUGGGAAGGUUGAACAGAGAUCUGCAACAGACUGAAAAAGAAAUAAAAGUUCGAGAAAUGUCAUUAAAUAACCUAAGACCUCAGUACAUUAAAGCGAAAGAAAAUACUGCCCACCAAAUAAAGAAAUCCGAGUCUACUAAAUCUUCUUUGAAGAAUAUUGAGAAACGCUGCAACAAAUUGGACCAGGAGAUUGAGGAGCUGGAGAUGGAAAUCAAUGCACUUCAGGAAGCCCAGAGAGAAUUUGAGAGUAAGGUUGAAGAGGAUCAUAGGAGCAGACAGGUUGAUGUUGAGUUGGAACAAAGUCAGCUAGAACAGUACCGGGUAUUGAAGAACACUGCAAGGAAGAAAAGUGCAGUUCUGCAGCAGCAGUUAGAAAAACUGAAAUGGGAACAGAAAGCAAACCAAGAGAAGCUAACCAUAGAUCAGAGAAGACAAAAAGAAACAGAGGGGAAUAAGAAGUGUGUUGAAGAACAAAUAGAAGAAUACUACAGGCGUGUAGGAAAAUUAGAAGAUUACAUUAACACUUGCAUGUAUGCUCUGGAAGAACACAGGAGCACUGAGGAGCAACUUGUUUAUGAAAUUGAAUCAGGAAAGCAAAGAAUGUCUGAGGUCAACGAGCAACUCAACAGUACCGUUAGCGAACUCCAGAACGCCCGAAUUGAUUACCAUGAAGGAAGUCGUCAGAAGAGGAAAGCAGAAAUCCUAGAGAGCCUGAAAAGAAUGUACCCUGAUUCUGUGUAUGGCAGAUUGUUCGAGCUUUGUCAUCCAAUCCAUAAAAAAUAUCAACUGGCUGUUACCAAAGUGUUUGGCAAAUAUAUGAAUGCCAUUGUCGUGUCUGGUGAGAAGGUGGCGAGGGACUGCAUCCGGUUUCUUAAGGAGGAAAGGGCAGAGCCAGAGACCUUCCUUUCCUUGGACUACCUGGAAAUAAAGCCGAUCAAUGAAAAACUACGAGAAAUAAAAGGUGCAAAAAUGAUGAUCGAUGUGGUGCAGUGUUCCAGUGCUUCACUAAAAAAAGUCAUUCAGUUUGUGUGUGGCAAUGGCUUGGUGUGUGAGACAGUAAAGGAGGCAAAACACAUUGCAUUCGAUGGAUCCCUAAGACUUAAAACGGUUUCCCUAGAUGGAACUUUAUUCAUGAAAUCUGGUGUGAUAUCUGGAGGUUCAUGUGAUUUACGAUUUAAAGCUAAACGCUGGGAUGAGAAAGAGAUAAAUGAAUUAAAGGAAAAGAAAGAUUCUCUGAUGAGUGAACUGAAGGAACUAAUGAAGAUAAGGAGGAAGGAGAGCGAUUUAAAACAACUUAAUGCACAGAUACAGGGAACACAGACCCGUCUCAAAUAUUCCCAGAGCGAGUUAGAAGUCAUUAAAAAGAAACAUCUCGGCAACUGCUUCGCAGAAAAAUCUAGGCUAGAAAGUGAGUACUCAAACAUCGCUUCUCAGAUGACAAUGUUAAACGAGGAACUUGAAAGGAGAAGAAUGGAAAUCGAAGAACGUCAAGAACAAUUGAAUAAGGUGGAGGAUGAAGUAUUCAGAAAUUUCUGUGAAGAGAUUGGUGUGCUUAACAUUCGGGAUUAUGAGGAGGAAUAUUUGAAGCAACACCAAGAAACUGAUAAGAAGAGGUUGGAGUUUGAUAAUCAAAAAACACGAUUAGAAAUUCAACUGGAAUACAGCCGGGGGCAAGUGAAGAAAGUAACAGAAAAGAUGACAAAGUUAAAGGAGACUUUGCAUAAAGAAGAAGAGGAAAUAAGAAAACUGAAAAAGGAGGAACAAAGAAUUCGAGUGGUAGUGGAUGAAGCUUUAUCUGAGCAACAGCAGCUCAAAAAUCAGCUGACACUAAAAAAGUCACAAGUGGGGGAUGCUCAGAAAUAUGUUGAAGAAGUACGAAAGAAGCUCCUGAGUGUUAACAGGGAAGUGGGCAAGAAACAGAAGGAAGCAAUGAUAGUUGAAAGUAGAAUAGAACAGAAAAAAUUAGAACGACACAAUUUACUUCUGGAUUGCAAGGUGCAGGAUUUGCAGAUUCAUCUUCUUGUCGGCUCCCUGGAUGAUAUAAUGGAACUUGAGUUGGACACAGAGAGUGAAAGCACUCCAGCCACUGCAGAUAUCUAUGAAAGAGAAUGGAAUAUUCGCAUUAACUAUAGUGAUCUUUCAGAAGAUUUAAAGAACCUUGUGACAGAAAAUGAAAUCUCUGCUGAAUUGAUGAGACUGCGUCAAGAAUGUAUCAGCCAUGAGAAUAGCCUUCUGAAAACUGCUGCUCCAAAUUUAAAGGCUUUAGAAAGACUUCAGAAUGUCAGUGACAAGUUUCAAGAAACCGCGAAUGCUUUUGAGGCCAGCAGAAGGAAAGCAAGUCUGUGUAGGAAAGAAUUUGAGCAGGUGAAACACAGGAGAUAUGAGCUUUUUAGCCAGUGUUUUGAGCAUGUUUCUGUAGCUAUCGAUGAGAUCUACAAGAAGCUCUGCAGAAAUACCAGCGCUCAGGCCUUUCUUAGUCCUGAAAAUCCAGAAGAACCUUACCUUGAUGGGAUUGGUUAUAAUUGUGUUGCACCAGGAAAGCGCUUUAUGCCAAUGGACAACUUGUCUGGAGGAGAGAAAUCCGUGGCUGCACUUGCUUUAGUAUUUGCUAUUCACAGCUUUCGUCCUGCACCAUUCUUCAUUUUAGAUGAAGUCGAUGCAGCUUUGGACAACACUAACAUUGGCAAAGUUACCAGCUACAUCAGAGAGCAGUCCAGAGAGCAGUUUCAGAUGGUGGUAAUUUCUCUAAAAGAGGAGUUUUAUUCCAAGGCAGACGCAUUAAUUGGAGUGUGCACACAGGAAGAAGAAUUAUCCAGCCAAGUGCUGACUCUAGACCUUACUGCAUAUGAAGAUGAUGAGGAGGAGGAGGAUUCCAACAAGAAAUGAUAUGAUCUGAUGCUCCUGGGUUGUAGCUGUCACCAGUCUAUUCAGUUUAUAGUUUCCUGAUAUUCACUGUAGCUGAGGAGAUAUUACAGGAAUUUGUGAUAUUCCACUGUUACAUUCUGUUUUAGUUAUAGUUAUUAACUUGGUUUUCUUAUUUUUAUGGUUAUGUUGAUAUAUGUAUUUCUCUUAAACAAAAUGAAAUCUGUGAGCAG